AUGGAUGUGGAUUUGUAUGGCUAUGACCAAGAUAGUGAGUAUACAGAAGUAAAUAAUGGCGUGGACCAAAAUCGAAAUGCCACUUGUGCUCAUGUUACCAAACUCCAUCACUCUUGUCCUCGCCGAGUUAUGGGUUUCUUGGUAGCUAAGGAGAGGAGUUGGUUUUUAGAUGCUAAGCUUUGUGAAUGCUACAAAGGAAAGGGGUUACUUUGGUUGUUUUCUUCAUGGUUUGGGUUUAGCUUUUUAUUGAUCACUAUUGCGAAACUGUUGAACCAGCAAAAACCGGGACUAACCAGGGCUGAAUCUGGUAGUUUGGUAAGAAAGAAUGGCUAUUGGUAUUGGCUCUAG